AUGUUGCUCCGGAGACUGUUUGAUGCGCCAUUGCGGGGAUCAUCGUCGGUGCGGUGCUCGGGCGCGAGUCUGUCCGGCAGAUUCGUGGAUCCGGCCAGGUUUGCAGUACGAUCCGCCAGGUUCGGUCUACAGCCGUCUCGAUUCGCGAGCAGCAGUAAUCGGCCGAAACUAACGAGUUCGACGCUACCAUUACAAUUCCGUCGGGGAUUCACAUACUUUGGGAAAAAUGAUGCCGACGACGCGCUAAUGUACCUCAGAUCGACACCAGAGAGCGCGCAGCUGACGUUCGAAGCAAACAAAGAAGCCGCGACGGGGCCGUUUUUCAAGCGCAUGGGAUUCGUCUUUCGGGCGGUCGUUCCUGCGUUUGUGCUCUGCGUGUCUGCGAUUGCGUGUGUGAUUAAGUUUACGGAUACGAGUGAUUUCGAUAAGAAUCUAUGUAGCAUUCUGAUCGAACCUGCGCGGAUUUGGACGGCGUCGACGAUUAAACAGACCGUUGAUUUCUUCAGCCUUGGCGAGACCGCAGCGGGAAACGAUACGAAAGCUGCAGCUGGCUCGAAUGUGGAUAUCGACGCGACGUUGUUUGAGCGGACGAUAUUCCAGACGCUCUAUAACUGGUCUGCGAAAAUCUACAACCAGACUUUAGUCGCCGCCGACGCUGCGUUGGCGACGGCAAGUGAAGAUACAGUGACGAUUAGCAUCGUGCUCGGAGCAGACUACAAGGCUACGACAGCGAUUCUGGGAGCAUGUACGGCGCUAAUGCUGCUGAAACGAUUCAGUCCCCUGCCCGUUCGCAGGACGCUUGUGAACUAUGUUGCGUAUUUCCGCAGCGACGUGCUAGCGCUUGGUCAGAAAUCCCGGAGACUAGUGUAUUACCCCGCGAUGCUGACCUCUGCAUUUUUCCACCGCAACGUAUGGCAUUUCCUGGCUUCGGUGAUUCCGUUCACCGUGAUUGCGUGUCAAGUCGAGGACAUGUCGACCGAUUGGAACGUGUGGGUGCUGAGUUUUGCCGGGAUUUUGUACGCGACUAUGCAGUCGCUUGUGUUUAAUACUUGGCUCAAGAUUCCUGCGAUGGCGGUAUGUGGGUUGCAUGGCGCGACUUGUUCGUUGCUGGGGUAUAUGGGCGGUUACUAUGGCGUCUUCACCAGCUUUAGCGAAUACGCAGAAAAGGGAAUAGUAGACGAAAACGAAGACCGCGCCGCAAAAGUAAAGAACCUCGUCAAAGAAUACGGCCCGAGCAUUAAAGCAUUACAGAUGCACGGCCUCGGAUUCGAGUCUGAGAACUUCAUAAUCGGGAUGCACAAAGAAGGUCUCUCGCCGGACCUGAUUUUAUUCGUGGGAAAUAAGAUUCCCGAGCCGUUCAAGAUCAACAGGAUGGAGUUUACUAUGCAGACAUUACUGGAGAAUAGCUUGUUUGUGGCGGCAACGCAGUCGCGUAAGUUUGAGACAAAGCAGAUCUCAGAGGAACAGUGGAAUCCAAUCAUGUUUGGCGCUGCGCACGGAGAGUCUCGUCCAACCAAGGACGAAGACGCCUCUGCUCCUGCACCAACACCAGCAGUUUCAGAAGACAUGAAGCGCAAACUGGUACCCUACGUCCGUCCCGCGCCGCCUUCAAACAGCACAAUGGGUCUAGGCUACGCGAUAGCAUUCACAAGCGCGCUGAUAGUCUCUGCGUUUGCGACCCUGCGCAAUCCGGCAGUGCUUAUGGGCACAGUGCUGUUCAAGUUGGACGGGCCGGCGAUGUUGUUGACCUUGUCGAUGGGAUAUACGUGGGGCCAGAUUGUGAGGCAGAGGUUGGAGAAUGUGCCGCCUGUGUUUUUCUUGUUGCCGGAGGAGUUUGCAGAGAGACUGAGGAAGGGGAUUCCGCCUGCUUAG